CCUUUCUUCUAGAAGUUGUUUAGUCUCUUAGAAGAAUUUGUUUCGUAGACUUCUGAUAUUUUCAACGAAAUUGUUGAUUUAAAGAAUAAAGUUAUUUGUUUGACUUGCACUACAGUUUCGAAAUCGUGGACCUCAAAGUUGCUCUAUUAAACAAUAUCCGUGAGCAGGCUCUGCCGCUCCGUAUCACGCACAACCUAACCUAACCAAACAUUCAAAGACGAAAGUUGAUUGUUUCUUUUUAGACAAUUAAAAAAAGCUUUUUCCUCGAUGGCUGAACCUAUCCGAAUGUCAGCUCUGGGUCGCGAUGCGCAAGUUGGGAAUGUCUAUAAUUACUACACUGACGCCAUAAUUCCAAAUACUGGGACUCCAGCACCAAAAGAAUGCAGGCUGACUCCAAAAUGCAGUAUCUUCUACCAUCAGCAGCCAGACAAGAGUUACGAGCUGGGCAUCAAUUCCCACUUUCAAAAAAGCAUCAAUCGAGGUGCCGUGAACUUGAAUGGACUGUGGUUCGCCAAUUAUCUUAAACCGAACCCAUCGGAAGACGAUGACAUGGCAAAAGUCGACGUCUUCAUUAAAAUCGUUCAACAAACCGAAUUCCUUGAUCAGCAAUAUAUUAAUUCUAAAAUGUACGAUUACAAACUCGAUACCGGUGGUUUAGCGACCCACUUGGUGGAAGAAGUUGUCUACGGAGCCGAGUUCAUCUGUUCCAUGCAGAGGAAAAUCGAUCAGCAGGAAACGAAAGAGAGCGCAGAAGAAAACCUCUUGAGAGAAACCAAAAUCUACUUUGACGAGGUUGUAUCCUCUAAUCCAAUGUUCACGAAACCCCCAGUCAAGUUGGGGAAUGAAGUCUAUUGUAAAAUGUUUAGCAGUCUAUCAAAAGCCAAUCCGGUGCUGGAGGGCCUUUUCCAACAAUCUAUUUCGUGGCUGAGAAAUAAAGCAACUUAUAUGGACAAAGAAAAAUUGAUACCUGUUGAGAUUUUGCUUCGAUAUAUUCCGGAAGAAAUGGAAACUCGACUUCGAUCAGAGAGGAUGAACGACCUGAGAACAGAAAUUGAUUGGCAUCGGAAAUGGAUUGAUAAAGAAAGCAGUAGAAUAUUGAAAAUCGCGACUCUCGAUCGUGUGUUCCCACUCGCAAAAGUCGUAUGUCAAUUCCACGGACUGCUGACGCCAGUUUGGAAUGAGAUCGAGAAAUUUUACGGGAACAUUGUCUUGGGGACAGUAAGCCCUUCAGAUCAAGAAUUAACAGAAUUCCAACUCAUUAAAAAACUACUGAGGGAUAUGAAAGACUGGCUGACCCAACGACCGAAUGAAAUUAAGGAUAUUUGUUCCUUACUCGAUGGUAAGCAAUUGGUUGCUCUAGAUUUGGAACAUAUUCGAACUAGCACAACAAAUAAUGAUGAGCAACUUGUCAAAGUGCAAGUCAAAGUGUUGGUCUUGAAAGUCGACCACAACGAAAACCCGGCGGUAGACUACAUAAUGCAAAAAGUUGUCGAUCUUCAGACAAAGGUUUUGAAGCUCCCGGUUUUUUCAUUAAUCACCAAGUUGCAGGAAAAACUUGUAGACGAAGUAAGGAACAAACUAAACAAAUUCGCAAACGAAGCCGAUCUUAGCGGUUGUCAAAACCGAAGUCCAAGUUACUAUACAGCUCUGGUAUCGAACUCUUCAUUGGAUGAUGGAACAAUAAGAAAUUUUUAUUUUGACAAAGCAUCAAACACAAUAAGUUUUGGUUUAGUGUCCGUAGACGAUCCCAAAAAUUCAUUGGAAAAGCCUCAGCAACAAAAUCCUCCAGAUGGUUUUAAUCUUAUUAAUUCCAUGUUACCUCAGACUCCUAUGACACCAACAGUUGGUCCCCCUUUAAACCAGCAGCAAAUUCAAAUUGAGAACUGUGGACCUUUCUCAGCAACUGCCUCGUCCGUCACCACCAAUACUAAUUUGGAUGACCAUGAAAAUCAGAUUGGGAUGGUCAUUGACGAAUCAUCCGCAUUAUCGUCCGAUUUGGAAAUCACCGAGGACGCCGGGAGCAAUAAUACGACAGCUAAUUCGAAGGAUAUGGUACAGUUUUUUGCGAAAACCGAAACAGAAAAUUCAAACAAAACAGAAAUUGAACCGAAUGCGGCUGCCAUCAGCAGAAAAGCGGAUGCAGAGCAAGAUUUGAGUGUCCACAAAACUGAGAAAAUGAAGGUAAACGAUGUCGCAGAAGAGACGCCGUCACGCACAGCAUCCACAGCAGCCGAUUUCAUCCAAAAGAGUUCUGCUGCUGCUGGAGGGAAGCAAAAAAUAAAACAACACAGUGACAGCAACGAUCGGGAAAGACAUGUCGGACAGUCUGAUCAGAAGCUCGAUCGGUACGAAUCCAAUUCGCAGUCGAAUCCCGAACGUCAUGCCAAAAAUAGGUCCGAUUCUUCAAGACAAGAAGAAGACGGGACUACUCAAGAUCAAGACCAAGACGAAACAAAACAAGUAUGGAUUUAUGACGAAAGAAAAAAUCAAAUGCCACAGAACAAAGAAUUUCCGUCAAAUCGAAGAAUCGCUGAAAUAUUUUCGGAUAAAAGCGAAACAUUUAGCACAUUAAUAAAAAAGGGCCGGCCUAAUGUUUACUUGUUGAAUGCCGAGGAAACGUCAAUUAAUGAGGAUUUUCGGUGGUUCGACAUUGGGCGAUCUAAUGAUUCCACUUUGCCAUCGAAAAACUAUCGUGAUACUAAAAUAAUUAUCUUGAUGGGCGCCACCGGAUGCGGCAAGAGCACGCUUAUCAACGGAAUGGUCAAUUACAUCCUCGGCGUCAAAUGGAACGAUCCCUUCCGCUUCAAAUGUGUCCGUGACGAUGAAACGACCGCCAAGAACCAGGCACAUAGUCAAACGAGUACAGUAACGGCCUACACUCUUCGCCACCAUGACGGGAUGGCCGUUCCGUAUUCGAUCACGAUUAUCGACACGCCCGGCUACGGUGACACGAGAGGAGUUCAAAGGGACAAGGAAAUCACGCGCAACAUCCAUCAAUUUCUGACGCAACAGGGCGAAAAUAGUGUCGACCAGAUUCACGCCGCAUGUUUUGUUGCCGCUUCCGGCGAUAGCCGAUUGACGGCCACCCAGCGCUACAUCAUCGACUCGGUUCUUUCCAAUUUUGGCAAAGACGUCAAGGAGAACAUGAGAUUGUUGGUGACGUUCGCGGACAAUGCCGAUCCUCCCGUCGUCGAGGCCUGCCUGGCUGCCAAUUUUCCCGUGACAUCCGCGUCGGCUGGAAUCACCUACAGCAAAUUCAACAGCUCCGUGCUCUACGCAAACAACGAACAACAAGGAGACGACGAUUUCUGUUUCGACAAAUUAUUCUGGGACAUGGGACAAGAGAAUUUCGACAAAUUUUUCACCAUGUUGGAGAAUAUGAAUGGUCGCAAUCUAAAAUCAACGCGAGAGGUCAUUCAGCGACGAGAUCUCCUGGAACAGUCGCUCAAAGACAUCGAGCAGGAGCUGGAAGUCUGUCUUGUUAACAUUGAAAACAUAGAAAUGUUUCGUAGGAAAAUGAGGGAAUACGGCCACAAGAUGGAGACCAACAAGGAUUUCGUCGUUGAGAAAACGGAAAUGCGGUAUGUGCAGAUUAAAUGCGACAAAGGAUUCAAGGCUUACAAUUGUCAUCGUUGCAAAAGAACUUGCGAGCCGCGCGUCAAAGUAUUCAAGAAAAGAGCGUGCACUAGCAGCAAUUGCCCAUGUCCCAUUACUGAACAUGACUUUCAAACGAUUGAAUGGCAACCGCGUUCGGUGAUGAUCAAAACGACUCUGUUGGAUAUGAAAGCCGAAUACGAAUCGAAUUAUGAUGACAAAAUGACCACCGAGCAACUGCUUGCUAACUGCCUGACUGAAUUAGAUGUAACCAAAGCGAAAGUAUUGAGUCUACUUGACCAAGUGGGCAUCAAUGCCUGUAAACUAGAUUCGACAGCUCUGCGUUCAAAUGCAUUAAGUCCGGCCGACUAUCUCAGCCUGAUGAGAAGUCGAGUCGCCGAGGAACAAGCUCCCGGUUAUCUAACACGAUUGGAAACGUUAAAGGAGCUGCAACAGAGGCUGGCAGGAAUUGUCCCCAAAAGACAAACGCAAACGUUCACUACGCCCGGAUCACGUCGAGAAGAAAUGCCCAAGCAGCACAAUUCCCCAAUCCGGCAAGAGAAUUGUUGGAAUGAACCCAAAACUGAUCAACAAUCCGAAGUAUACCAACAAGAGGAACCAAAAGGCGCUCCCAAACCUAAUAAUAAAUUUCUUGGUAUUUUUCCAAAGUGGAAAUAGAAUAAGCAAAUAAGUCUCGUUUAAUAAAUCAAAUGCAAGAACAAUUCUGAAAUUUAUAAUAU